CAUUCAAAACUCCUUUGGGAGGUGCAGGGCCGGUGUUUGGAACCAUGUCCAGCCGGAGAUCGGCUGCUGCCUCCGAGUCGGAGGAUCCCGAGGGGAAUAUGAAUGGAGGCGAUUAUGAGUCCACCGACGGGGACGAUCUCAGCCGCAGGCAAAUACGGCAGCGGUACUGGGACCUUAUACGGAACGUACAACAGAACCGUGAGGAAAUGCUGAGCUCCAGGACUGAUAAACUGACAGAAGCCCUGCAGGAGGCCAAUAAAAUCUUUGCAGGAGUGUCCCGUGCCAGAGAAGCGGCACUUGAUGCCCAGUUACUGGUUCUGGCUUCUAGCCUUGGCAAGGAGAAAGCCAGUCAGCUUCAUGCUGAUAUGACUGUGUUUGACCCAACGUCAUUUACAGCAGAUCUGCUCUCGUUCAUGGGCUUAAAUCGUAUGGAAUCCCCAGGACACAAUUCUGCGAAUGAAAGCGACGACGAGGGUUAUGCCGGGGGAUACCUGCCCACUGAUGCUUGGCAGAAACUCGGGUCAGAAGCAGAAAAUUACUUAAAGAGAACGCCAACCUUUCAUUUUAUGUUGGGGUCAUUUAAGACCGAACCUCCAGUUGUCAAACAACGCAUCGAACGUCAGAAGAGGUCUAAUAAAACCGAGGAGAAAGGAGUAAUGCCAGCACAGCUGAAGAAAAUGGAAGAAUCCCACCAAGAAGCCACAGAGAAAGAGGUGGAACGGAUUCUGGGAUACUUGCAGACAUUCUUCAGAGAUGAACCGGAAACCCCUAUUUCUUUUUUUGACUUUGUCAUUGAUCCAAACUCCUUUGCACGAACAGUAGAGAACAUCUUUCACGUCUCAUUUAUUAUAAGGGACGGCUUUGCUAGAAUAAAGCUCGAUCAGGACAAACUGCCGAUCAUAGAACCAAUUGCUCAGGAAAAUGAAGGCAAUAUCGACAAAGAUAAUCAGCCGAGGUAUCAGGGAGUCGUGUCCCUUAGCCACCAAGACUGGAAGGAAAUCGUAGAGACAUUUGAAAUAUCUGAACCGAUGAUCCCCCCACCAGUGUAACCUUAAUAUGUUUGCAAGAAGUUUUUAUAUUUUACUUUUUUUUUUCUAUUUUUUACCUUGGACGUUUGAGCUGAAUGUUUUAUAUGUGUAAAUUCUUGUACAUACCUAGAAAUCCAAUUUAAGCCAUGGCGGCCUUCUCUUAACUGGCAAUUAACAGAGCAUGUGCAGUGAAUCAGCAGAAAAGAAGAUGGGGAGCUACUGGGGCAUCUUUGGAGACACAGAUCUUUACUGCUAAAGGGCUGUGGUUGCCUUGGGCUGGUAUAGAAGCACAAAACAUAAUGUACAACAUUUCUAGCUACUUCUUUAGGUAGGCUUUAGUUCUCCUUUUAAAAUCACACUUACCCAGGGUACUUUCCUGCACUACAGAAGUCUUCAGAAAAAUGCAUCACAUGUGCUAAGUGUGAACUCACGCAGACAGGCCUGGAUGGGAUUGGAUAGGUCCUGGCAUUUCAAGCACACAGAGGUCCAUACAGCCCCACCAGCCCAAUAAAUAUAUGGCAUCUUCUAGCAGCUCCUCUGGCAUUUGCCGGAAUCCAUAAAUUGCCAGUCCGGGCCUGCGUGCAGAGGAUAUCCUGGGACAAGAUUGUGGUGGCCCGCUCUGCAGCAAACUAUACAAGGCUGGUUUUGCUAAAGAUCGGAGAUGAUACAAGAACACAGACACAGGCCCCUGUUUUAUACAUGUCUGUGACCUCAUUAUUUCAAUAUUAUCCGACCCAAGAGCAAGAAAAGUUGCACAGCACUGACCCAGAUCAAGAGCACGUGUCUCCAGUGCUGCUGGAUUUUACCACCGUGGCAUUUUAUAGUAGAUUUAAAUUUCUUUUUAUAUAUUUUUCUUUGGAUAUUUCGCGGAUAUGUCCUUUAAUGUAUCCAUUACUUGUGGCACAACUUUAGUUCUUGACUUCAUAGUCCAUAAAUUAAUGUUUGUGGAUGUCUCUCUGGAAGCAGGAAUGACCAUCUUUAAAUGCGUAAAUAAACACUUUUGAUUAUCAGAUUAAAAACCAGUCGCUUUCCAGUUCACUUUUGCUGCUUAUGUGGGAAGGCGAUGGUCCCAGACUUGUGUAUAAGGGGUUUCAUGUACUUUAUUUGCAUUGGGUCAUUUGUUUUAAAGGGGAGGUUCACCCGUGUUUUAGUAUGUUAUAGAAUUGCUCAUUCUAAGCAACUUUUCAAUUGGCCUUUAUUUUUUAUAAAAUGCACUGUAAGGCUACACAUUUAUAAUUAUUGCUACUUUUUAUUACUCGUCUUUCUAUUCGGGCCUUUACUAUUCAUGUUUCAGUCUCUUAUGCAAAUCAAUGCAUGGUUGCUAGGGUAAUUUGGACCAUAGCAACUAGAUUGCUGAAAUUGCAAACUGGAGAGCUGCUGAAUAAAAAGCUAAAUAACUCAAAAACCACAAAUAAUAAAAAAUGAAAACUAA